GGUUUGAGGGUCUGACGGACUUGGAAAGGUUAGAAACUGAGACAACCUGUUGCUUUGCUGGAAGCUGAGGGAACAUUUCCCAGCAGCAACUCCUCGCGACCACAGAGGACUGCAGCUCCAUGCAUCAGCAGGCAUGAUAAUUACACACCCACUUCACACCAUCACCCACAUCUUGGAAAGCCCAUCCCCGACUGAAGACCCCCGGUACACAACUCAGGAGCGACACGGACACUCACCGCCUGCUUUUUGCAUCAUUUACUGACAAUUAAACAGAAAAAUUCAGCAGCUUUUUUUACUCGCAGAAGGUGAUACGGGAUCAGGAUCCUUUUUAAAAGUUCAUUUAGAGAAGGGGACUUUGUUAAAAGAAAAACAAAAUAAACAAAAAACGAUGGCCAACUCCGGUAUUCAGCUGCUGGGAUUUUUCCUGUCGCUAAUUGGCAUCGUCGGACUGAUCAUCGGGACCAUUCUACCGCAGUGGAAGAUGUCUGCGUACAUCGGGGACAACAUCAUCACGGCUGUGGCCAUGUACCAGGGGCUGUGGAUGUCAUGCGCUUUCCAAAGUACCGGACAGCUCCAGUGUAAAAUCUACGACUCCAUCCUGCAGCUCGACAGUUCGCUUCAGGCUACUCGUGCCCUGAUGAUAGUUGGCAUCAUUGUGUCCAUCGCAGGGUUGGGUGUGGCCUGUAUGGGAAUGAAGUGCACCACCUGUGGAGGGAGUGACAAACUGCGCAAGUCCCGCAUUGCCAUGACAGGAGGCAUCAUCCUCUUAGUGGGCGGGCUUUGUGCCAUCGUAGCGUGCUCCUGGUUUGCUCAUAAUGUCAUCAGGGCUUUCUAUAAUCCCUACACUCCUGUCAACACCAAAUUUGAGUUUGGUGCGGCCAUCUUCAUUGCGUGGGGCGGUUCCCUCCUGGAUGUCCUGGGUGGGGCCAUGUUGGCUGCUUCCUGUCCACGAAAGAAGCAGGUAUCCAAAUACCCAUCCAUGGGCAGUUCCCGCUCUGGCCCUCCGAGCAGCACAAAGGAAUAUGUCUGAAAGCACCCCCUACAGCCUGGGACUCAGACAAAGAAGAACCCCCCUUUGUUGCAGCAUCAGUGAGGAGUAAAACUGAAGGUAUAUCGUGAAUCGUAGACAGAUGCAAAGAGUUACUGAAAUGGGACUGUCUUUACUUUUUGUUCAGGCCUUUGAUAACCCCUUGAUUAUCAUGCAGCAAUCUCAAUUGUUUCACCAAUGAUGUCUCACACCCCGUCCACACAUUCCACAAUUGUUUACAAGUGGUCUUCACAAACACAUUAUAAUUGGAUCCCCUGACUUAAUAGACAACCCUCGGGGUGUAACCCCUUGAAUUGUAGCCUAAAUGACGGAUUAUAGCCAGCACUUGCACGUCCAUGUUAGAACCAGCAUCUAUUAGCAUUUCCCAUGUAAUUGAAAGUAAUCAAUUCCAGUUUGGUGCCUAGGCUGCGAAUCAGGGGCUCUGUACAACAGGGUGACAAUACAGUGUUUUAUAUUAACUGCUGGUGGAUCUUAAAAUAGAUGCUACGAUGAGCAGGGUGUGACUUCACACACAGGGCUCACUGUGUAGGGUGACUGCAUCACACAGGCCUUUUACUACAACACUCGCUACAGGCCCUUCAUACCAGUCUGUUACAAACCCUGCUCAGAAAGGAAAUAUUUUAUUAAGUAGUCACUGUGCCACUAUCGCUCUAAUAGCUUCCAUAUCAGCCACUAUGAGAAUAAACUGCCUAUAUUUAUUUUCUCAAAUGUAGGUUUUUGCUCCUGUGUAGAUUUACAUAAUUGGUAGUUCACUGUGGCCCUUUUGUAGGUUUCAGAAAUUGUCAUAUUUUUAUUAAGAUGUGUUAUGCUCUGAACAGUGUCUGCUGUUUUUUUUAAAUGUCAUAGUUUUAUACACUUGGCUCCUCUAGCAGAUAAUGGUGUAACGAAAAAUGAAUGAAAGAACAUUUUUAACAUGUCCAACAGUACUUAAAUAAUAAACAAAUUUCAACAUUGU